GCAGGACAGAGACGCACUCCUCGCUCCGCUCCGCUCCAGACGUCACACCAUUAGCCGAGUCAGCUAGCUAGCUAGCUGUUUAUAUCUGGGACAAGAUGUCAACCACGACCGGCGGCGGAGAGUUUGGCAACCCUUUACGGAAGUUCAAGCUCGUCUUUCUGGGCGAACAGAGUGUUGGGAAGACCUCACUCAUCACCAGGUUUAUGUAUGACAGUUUCGACAACACUUAUCAGGCAACAAUUGGCAUUGACUUUUUGUCAAAAACCAUGUACCUAGAAGAUCGUACGGUCCGGCUCCAGCUUUGGGACACUGCUGGACAGGAGCGUUUUCGUAGCCUAAUUCCCAGCUACAUCCGUGACUCUACCAUUGCCGUGGUUGUUUAUGACAUCACCAAUCUUAAUUCAUUCCAGCAAACCUCAAAGUGGAUUGAUGAUGUUAGAACAGAGAGAGGAAGUGAUGUCAUAAUCAUGCUUGUUGGGAACAAAACAGACUUGGCGGACAAAAGGCAAGUUUCUGUUGAGGCGGCAGAGAGGAAAGCUCGUGAACUCAAUGUGAUGUACAUAGAGACCAGUGCCAAGGCUGGCUAUAACGUCAAACAGCUGUUCCGUCGUGUUGCUGCUGCAUUGCCUGGGAUGGAUAGCACACCGGAGAAAAGCAAAGAGGACAUGAUCGACAUCAAACUGGAGAAGCAGCCAGAGAUGACUGUGACCGAGAGCAGCUGCUCAUGCUAGUACACCUCACCCUCACCCAGCCUGUCUCCUCCCCAACAACAGCUUGUCUCUCAGUGGCCACUCUCCCCACCCUUGGCACCCUGCCACUGGGACGGAGGACCUGUCUUUUUUUUUUUUUUUUUUUUUUUUUUUUUUUUAGCCUUUUUUUCUUUUCAACUCAGUGACUUUUCAGAGUAACCGUGUGGAUGUGCAUUACUGUAUUGAAACAGAUUAUCUGGGGGGGAAAAAUGGUUAAAAAGUAAACAUUUAAAACAGGUAAUAAGUUAAUGAUAUGUUCAGAUUUUCAUCCAGUUGCAUGGCAUUAUAUAGGAUUGCACACUGACAUAGCUAACCGCUCAUGAGUUAUUGCACAGUUUGGAUUCUUAGUGCUGUUACUCUUGUCAUUGUUGUAAAGUAAAACUGCUUGGGAUUAUUUAAAUGACUCUGCAAGGUUGAGUUCUCAACCCAUCGUAUCUUACUUUUUUAUUUUUAAUGGAGAGUUUGCCUACAACUCUUCCAUUUCUUAUUUCUUGACUUUGUCUUAUUAUGAGGAAGUAGAGACAGGAUCUUACAAGUGAAUUGCUAACCGUCAUUUUACCACAUUAAAAUGGUGGUUGGCAAUAGCUCAAAUGGAAGAGACUCAUUCAUUGGGUAUUAUUUAUACUGAACACAUCUUAAACUGCCAAAUACAACCUUUUUGUUAGCAGACCAAAUUGACAUAAUUUGAGACCAUAUUUAAAACAGUGCAAAAGGGAAGUGUAACCAAACAAUGAGGUGAUAGAUCUUUAAAGGGAAACUUUCCCAAGUUCAUUAGAAUGGCUUCUAACCUGACGCUAUGUCUGCAUUGAAACUAUAGCAACUGUCUUUCUAAAGUUGUUAAACUAGCUACACGCAUACUAACAUGUCCGAGGAGGAGUUUUCCUUUAUUAGAUGCCCCUAAUGUUGGAAACAUAAAAAAACAAAAGAAAAUGCCAGUGUUUAGUUCUUCCACGCUGAUGAAAAGUUGUCACUUUGGCCGCUCUGACGUACCCACCAUCUCAUUGAUGAUUUGUGUUGUGUUGACUACACUAUUGCAAGAACAUGCAGCAUGCUCACCAUGCAGGAUUUAUAUGGAUAAGAACACAGAUGCCUUGCUUGUUUGUUCACCAACGUUGUGCACUGAAUCAAGCCACAAUAUUGUAAAAUAUAAAAGAAGCCUGCUGACUGGUUCAUGGCUUCACUAGUUGUUUUGUAGAGCUGGUAGAUAAGAGUUUGUCCAUCAGAUACAGCUAACGCUUACUAACACCCUUGCUGUAAAAAAGGUGCAGAGAAGUUAGUCGCAGUAUCCUUUGCUGUAACGCUAUUUCCUGUGUAGGACUUGUUGGUUUUAUGUGUUUAUUUAUUUUGAUACUAGGCCAUACAGAUAACAUUGUAUGCUUGACCAAAAGAACAGAUUUUGUUGACACGCAUGGCGAACGUUUUUUUUAUUUUUAUUUAUUGUUUGCGUGUCUGCCGGUAAUCCACCUUAAGGCGACAACUCUUUUUCCUGUCACACUGAUAGAAAUUAUACUUUUGCAGUGUUUGUGUCGACAGUAGCUUGGUUUGCAGUCAAGGUAAAGGCUGCACUGUCUCCAGACACACACACACACAGUUUAACACAAACCAACUAACUAGCCAUAGCACAACAAAAGACACUGGUCAUUUGCUGUAGCUUGUUUUAAAAUGUCACGGUUUUAAAAUGGAUUAAAAAAAACAUGUAUUUGAUUACAUCAAACGACCAUUUUAACAUGAGCAGCUCUUCUAUUACUUGUCACUGACUAAAUACUCUGCUUUGUGCUAUUCUGAAUCUUGUCUGUCCAUUUGAAAUAUGCUGUCUACUCGUGUUUAGCAACGUUUGUGUGAAUAAUGUACUAUUACUAUGUGAUGUAUAAAAAGGAGAGUUAAUGAAACACAAGUGUAGGCCUAUCACAUGGAAUAAAAAUAAAGAUAUUUC